CGGUUUUCCUGGCAUGACCUUUUCCCUUGGCAACCACUUCCUCCGAGCAUCCACGGCCAUCUUUAAUUUCCAGCCAUUCAUGAAAAAGUUGCCUCGCUCAUGUAAACACGCCGAACGGACGCGGUUUACGCACGAAGCGGCGGCACCGACCCACGGCGCGGUGUGUGUCUGUGUGCGUGUGCGUGUGCGUGAGUGCGGUUCCCAGCGAGCAGCGGCACAACCCGAGCAGAGCAGCAGGCUGUGACCCGCAGAGACCAAAGUGAACACCGAGAGCGAUGAGAAAGAAGCAGACUGCCAAACAGAGGAAGACUGAGGAGACUACAGUUGUCCAGGAGUUUGUGGUGGAGAAGAUCAUUCGCCGCAGGGUCUCUGACGGCAGAGUGGAGUACUUUCUGAAGUGGAAAGGCUUCACCGAUGCAGAGAACACUUGGGAACCCGAGGACAACCUGGACUGUCCCGAGCUCAUCAAUGAGUUCCUGAGAAACGCCCUCCAUCUCUCAUAUGAGAAUGAGGAAGAGCACAGCGAGUUCAUUCCCAAAGAAGAAAUGACAGAGCAAGAGACGGAAAUUUCCUGCUUGCAGCCUCAGCAGCAGGCCUGCACUCUGCAGAGCGAUGGCGACGUCCUCGAGCCGAGCGACGAGCGUUCAGAUUCCCCCGCCAACCUCGGCACUUACCUCGAGCCCGAAUGCAUCAUUGGCUCCACAGACAGACAGGGAGAGCUCAUGUUCCUCGUCAAAUGGAAGGACUCCGAUGACGUGGCCCUGCUGCCUGCGCGUGAAGCCAGCGCCAGGUGUCCCCAGGUGGUCAUCGACUUCUACGAGCAGAAGCUGACCUGGCACUGUGGAGAAGAGGAGCCGUGAAGCGCGCGCGUGUUAGCGUGUUUGCGGGUGUGUGUGUGUGUGUGUGUGUGUGUGUGUGUGUGUGUGUGUUUGUUUUGAGUACGGAGGAGAACUGGUAAACGGCUGCGUUCUCACCUGAAGCUUAGUUUAACCUCCAUCCAGUGUCCUCCUCCAGCUGACAUUAGAAGCACGCUGUGUGAAAUUGCAUCCCGCUGCAGGUAAGAGUUUCGGAAUCUGUCGGGUGGAAGAACCUCAGCGGGGACGGAUAUUUAGGGCUCUCUGUCCCGUGGUGCUCAGCAAGGUCACUGUGCCUUUGUGGAGACUGUGAUGGAGACUUAAACUAACCUGUGUGUGAAGAGCAGCCGGUCUGAGGUCAGACUAACCUGUAGCAGCUUUGGUCAUGUGUCAUCAUGUAGCCGACACAAUCACUGUGGACAUGUGUUUUGUUUUCAAGACUACUGUUAUAUAGUAAUUUAGUAUCUCUAGUCCUCCACUGGGAGGGGUCCCUGGUUUAGUGUGAGCGUUUUAUCUUGUAUAGCGACACUUUGUAGGCAGAGUGAACUAACUGUUGUCCGAUCUGUACCUCCAGUGCACCUAGCUUAGGUUGGAUUGUCUACACUAGAGCCCGGCUGACAUGGAUGUUUGGAGGCUGAUGCCAGUAACGAUAUUGGUGUGUAAAAAACAAAAAAGUUCAGUAUUGAUAUAUUGGCCUACAUAUAUAUUUUGGCAAUGAUCCCUUAAGGCUCAUUUAUGCUCAAUGUUAGAUAUGUGUACGAAACACAGACCGAGCCGUCAGUCUAUACUCUGCGUUGAUUUCAUCUGUAUUUUUUACUUGUGAAAGCUUGAGGAUACAGACGAAUCAAAUGAAAAGGAGCAGUACCACCGGGAAUCAUAGGGGGGCGGUGUAGCCAGUAGCUUAAGCAAAAGAGGGAAGAGAUUUCAACAAUGACAGAACUGAGGAGGUGUUAAGAAACUACAGGCGUCUAAAUGAUGUUACUUCACCUGGGACAAAAGGGCAAAGAGCUACUUUUACCUCUUCAGACCUACGUUAUCUCAAUUUUCUCCCUCGUCGCCAUGUUUGUUGUUGUCAGAAACUCUGCACUGCCCUCUAGUGGAUGCAUUGUCUAACCACGCCAACAUAAAGGACACACGGAAAUAAGUGGGCUGUGAAGGUUACGUCGUUUGAAACGGACUUAUCUCUUUUCAUACAUAAAGGCAGCAUAAAUGAGCCUUAAUAUGUCACUAUGACAAAGAAAUGUCACUGAGGCUUGAUAUUUUAAAAUUUUACUUACAAUUUUGAUAUAAAUAACUAUAAAUACAAAGAAAACACGAAUACAACCAAAUAAAUACAACUUGAAUUAAGAACAAAAUAAUGAUAAACUACAGAUUGUUUUGGACACACUACAUUAUGAUAUUUCCAACAGCCAUAGGGUUUUUCAGCGUAGUUGUUUCUGUAAAAUGAAAGUUUUAAUGAUGUAGCAUAUCGGCAAAAAUGAUUUCUGAAUGUCCGUGAAAGGCUCAUAUCAGCCGUUGUUUUUUAUCAACAAACAGAUUAAUCAGUCGGGCUCUAACGUACAUAUUGUUUGAACCUGUAUUGUGUGAGGUGUUUGUAGCCAUGUUUUAUACUGUGUCUCACUGUGUCUCACUGUGUCUCUAUGACCCCUGUGGUUGAUGUUUUAAACAUGUAUUUUAAAAUGUGCCCCACCAGAAAAUGUCCCAGAUCAGCUGCUAUGAAACAAAUGAUCUCACCUCUGAUGAAUCAUCAAAAGUUGUUUUUAUAAAGGAAUAUUAGGUGCUUUUAGACAGAGGGAAAUCCAGGCAAUCAUUAUAUACAUUAGAUAAAUGGUGCGCCUAAUGAUGACUAAAACGGAUUGUUAAAUGUAGCACUUUAGACGUGAGACUGUCCACUGGUGGAGAGCAUUGUCUUCCAGUAAUUCCACAGGCAAGGACACGAAACCUGUCUCCUGACUCGACAUAUCUCCCAUCGUAGUUAUGGGACACUCAGCUGAACCUUCGACCUCCUAAAACUCACCUCCUACUGUAACUACUGUAACUGACCAUAGAUCUGUGAAGUCUCUGUGAAUAAAGGAAAACAUUUUGUGACACUUUC